CCCCAGUGGCACUGCCCCUCCCUUUCCCCACUUGAGAGGAGGCAGGGUUGGCAUGCUGGCCCCGGGGUGGCCGGAGCUGCCCUGACCUAGCCCAGGGCCUGGGCAGCACCAGCAAUGUCAGCCUCAAGGCCCAAUCCCACAGCUGCUCAGAAUGGGACCUUUGGGCAGGGAGCCGUGGUUCCUGGCUUUGGAGGAGACGACACAGCUCAGGGCAGCCCCCUCAGCCCCUGGGGCGCCUACAGAGGCCAGGUGUGGGCAGUGCCUCUGACCUGGCCAACUAUGUCUCCGUGGGACUGGAGAGCCCCUCAUGCGCGGUGCCAGCUCCUGGAAGUUUGGAGCAAGGAACCCCAGGCUGCACUUGCCUGCAACCCCCAGGCACUGACCCCGAGGUUCCUGUGAGGCCUGAGCCACCAGGCAACCUGGAAAACCUGCUGCCCCGCCCAGCAUCCUUCCCCACGGCAGCGCGGGCAAAGGGCAAGGCUGUCACACCAGGGCCAGCCCUGCCACAUCCAGCCCGGACCCUACACCAGUGUCCCUCUGCCAGGAGGACCCGCUACCACAUCACUGUCACCCUCCAGGGGCACCGGCAGGCACCUGGGGAGGUGGGUGGGGAACCUAAACCGGCCCAACCAGCUCUCCACCCCUGCGGCCCUGAGGAAUCCAGGGGCUGGCAGGAUCCUCCCCAGGGGCCCCGCCCCGUCACGGGGUGCCCGACAGACCUGCCCCCGGAGCCCCGGCUGAGCGCCCCGACGCAUCAAGAGGCCACAGCCCAGCAACAGGAGCGCUGGGCCCACUGGACGCCCGGGUCCCCACACAGACAGGAGCUGAAGCGCAGGGAGCUGAGGACACCUCAGGACAGGUUGCUGGGGCCCAACAUGGAGGAGGCAUGCGGGCCCCCGGCUCAGGCUGAGGCCCCAGUGGUGAGCACCAUGCUGAUGUGGCGGCGGCCGCCCCCUGCCCAAGAAGAGAUGAAACACCGUUUUCACAAGGUGUCCCUGGUGUCGGGGGAGCAGACAGAAGGCCCCUGGGGGGAGAUGUUUGAGUACAGCCACUGUCAAGAGGAAGUCAAUGGCUUUGCAACACGGGAAGAAACGACUGUAAAUUACCAGGGACCCCGGGAUGGGUCCAGCUCCAAGAGCUGUCAGAGCCAUGGGCCCAUCUUUUCUAAGAAGUACACGCUACUCCCUAAGGAGAAAAGGCCAGUGGGAAGGCUGAAGGAGGCCGUAGGCCAGGGUGAUGGCAGCCCCCCAGAGCCCAGGACUGAGCCAACACACCCGGGAGCCGUGGCCAGGACUGAGAUUUUGGUGCCCCUGCCUGGGGCCCGUGAGCCAAGCCCCCACCCAGGUGUCAGUCUCAUCAGCGGGAGCCCCCGGAUCCUUGAGGAACGUCGGGUGACACGCACCGUGCAGACCACCGUGAUGGUGGGAGGGCAUGUGGAGCGACGGGUGAACAGCUCUGUGACCAUGGGGCCGGUGCCGUCGGGUGAGGCCCUGCCGAGGGGCCGCAAUGUUGUUCGCGCCAUACGGGCGGUGGUGGUGAACCCCCAGGCUGAGGGCUCACCAAGCCGCAGUCAAGCCCGGGAGCUGCUAAGUAGCCUUGUGCCUGCUGAGCGUAGCCCCCCUGCCAGCCGGCUUCCCAGGCCCGUGGCUGUUGUGCCAAGGAGUCCGGGUCUGGGCGGCGGCACAGGGGUUGUGGGCUCAGGGCAGCUCCCUGAGACAGAGAUGGCAGAGCCAAAGGACAAACCUGCUGUGGUCCCUGCACGCAUCCCAGAGGAUGUUCACCCACCUCAGAACCAGGAUGUCCCUGCAGCUCACCCAGACCAAGCCCAGAGCAGAGCCCCAGAUUCCAGAGCCCAUGGGGUCCUAAGGGUGCAGGGAGCCUCCAGCCCCACCCAGCCCCCUCUCCAGAUUUCUCAGGGCCAUGCACUGUCACCCUCCUCUCCCAGACGCCAGACCCCUACCCCCUCCCUGGACCCAGUCCGCCCCCCAGAGCAGCCUGCAGUGCCCACUCACCCCAGGACCCAGCUCACUGUCAAGCCCAGGGGACCCCUGGCCCUGCCCUCUGUAAAAAGGGAAGGGUUCACAGAUCCCUCUCCCGCCACCAUCCUGCCCGAGGUGAAGAGCGAGGUGGUUGUUACAGUCCCUGGACAGCCUCUUCCUCCAUCCUCUACAAGAAGGAAGGCAGUGCCAAGCUCAGGAGGGCUUUCUGCUCCACCCUCCCCAAGGAAUAAGUUUGUUCAGGACUCUGAAAAUGUCCCUAUCUUCUCCCUCAACCAGGAAGAGGUAGCGCAGGGCCCUGGUGUCCAGGCUGACCCAUCCCCCACCCAGAAGGAGGUUGUGCAGGGCCCUGGUGCUCCUGCCGCCUCAUCCCCCAAGCCAACCAAGGUUGUCCAGGUCCCAGAAGGCAGCCCUAGCACCCAAAAAGAGGCUGUCCACAGUACUAACGGCGGCCUUGCUUCUUCUCUCAGCAAGGACAAGGCUGUUCGAGGCCUGACUGCUUCCACUAUCCCAUCACCCCAAAAGGAAGAGGCUGUUGAGGGCUCUGAAGUGAGCCCCAUCUCUUCUCCCACCCAAAAAGAGGUUGUCCAGGGUUCUGGUGCUUUUGCUGCCCCAUCUCCCACCCAGAAAGUGGCCAUCCAGGAUGCUGCUCCUCUCCCUGCCCCCUCCUCAGGGGGCAAGGUGUCCCCCAGCCCAGGAGGCCCACCUGCUCCAGCGCUGAUGGGAGUAGAGGCCGGCCUGGAGUCCCAGCUUGUCCCUGACUCCACCGAGGGCAAGAUGCUCCCAGAGACAUCCAGGGAGGAGGAGCUGGCCCUGGCUGCUGACCUGGAGAUUUUCCUGGACACUCUGCGGGGCAUGGAGCCCCCCGAGAUCCUCCGCACCCACCGGCUGCCACGAGCCCCCCGCUCCUCCUACCUGGCUAUGUAUGCUACGCUGCCCGCCAUCGAGGAGGACCAGCCCGGACCAGGGGUGCUGGCACCCAGCCCCCAGGAGGCACCCACACUAGAAGAGAAAGAGGGGGAGGAAGAGGGGGAGGAAGAACCAGAGAACCCCUACCUAAGCGACGAUGAGAAGCUCCAACGCAGACAGGAGAAAGCCAGGUCCAGCCCCUCCUGGGACUCUCGCCCUGCGAGGCCCCCCCAGGUCUCUUGUUCUCCUCUGGAGAUGAUGAAGAAACAUGUAGCAGAUGCCAAGGGCCCCCACCUAGAGCUGGGGCCAGAGUGGCAAGCAGGGGGCAGGCCCCCUUCCCGUCUUGGAGGCAGCCUUCUCUUCGGUGGUCUGGUGCCCACCACGCAGGAGGCCCCCGCCUCGGAACCACUGGGCACAAAACUAUCUGCUUUGCCACCCCACAUGACACCAGGGCUCAGGAAGGUGCCAGGACAGCUGCCCCUGCUGUGCAGCGAAAGGCCACUGUUGGAGAAGCCUGCUUGUGCCCGGCCCCUGGAGGGGUGGAGCCCAGCAUUGAAGACCCAGGGCAAGCCGAACAUCAGGCCUGGAAAGAUGAUCCUCUUCUCAGAGCCUGCCUGCCAAGGCAGCAGCAGGGAGGUCUGGGAAGACAUUGCCGACACCUCUGGCUGGGCCCGCAUGGCCUCCAUAAGGGUGGUUCGAGGCUGCUGGAUGCUCUACGAAGAGCCAGAGUUCCGGGGCCGGAAGCUGGUCGUGCCUGAAGGAGAUGCGGAUUUAGCAGUCUCGGGGCCAGCAUGGAGCACCCAAGGCAUUGGCUCCCUGAGGCGGGUUGUCUGCGACUACAUUAGCCCAGAGAUCAUCUUGUACUCUGAAGAGGGCCUCAAGGGGGAGCAAGUGAAGCUAACGGAUGCCUUGGAGGACUCCCAGGACCCGGAGAGGCCCCUGCAGGUGGCAUCUGCCACUGUCUCUGCAGGACUGUGGUUGCUGUACCCCAAACCCUUCUUUGAAGACACUCCCUGCAUCCUGGAGCCUGGAGAGUACCCCACCUCAGAGGCCUGGGGUACAUCAGACCCCAGGGUGGGCUCCUUGAAGCCCAUGCGACUGGGCUGCCCGAGUGUGGAGAAGCCAGGGGAGCCCAAGGUUGUGGUUUAUGAGGCCACAGGCUUUCAGGGCCAGAGCUGGGAAGUGAGCAGAGACAUCUACAACCUUCAGCAGCCAGAGGACUGCCAGAGCCCCCACCUGGCCUCUGUGGGGUCCCUGCGAGUUCUUGGGGGCUGCUGGGUGGGCUACCAGAAGGCAGGCUUCCGGGGCCACCAGUAUCUGCUGGAGGAGGGGGAGUAUGCUGAUUGGUCACACUGGGGAGGCUUUGACGAGAGGCUGACCUCCCUGCGGGUCAUCCGGACGGACUUUGGGGAGCCGGCCGUGGUGCUGUUUGAGGCCAUGGACUUCGAGGGGCAUGGCGUGGAGGUGAGAGAGGCAUUGCCGGACGUGGAGCUGGCGCGACACGGCCCCCACACGCAGGCCAUCCACGUGCUCAGCGGCGUGUGGGUGGCCUAUCAGAAGGUGGGCUUCUCCGGGGAGCAGUACGUGCUAGAGAAGGGCGUGUACCGCAACUGCGAUGACUGGGGCGCGGGCAACAGCGCCCUCGCCUCGCUGCAGCCGAUCCUGCAGGUCGGCGAGCACAAUCUGCACUUUGUCUCAAAGAUUCAGCUUUUCUCCGGCCCCGACUUCCUGGGCGACCACAUCUCCUUCGAGGAUGACCAGACCUCCCUGCCCGCCUGCUUCCAGGUCCAGUCUUGCCGUGUCCACGGGGGCAGCUGGAUCCUGUUUGAUGAGAAGAACUUCGAGGGUGACCAACACAUUCUCUCCGAGGGCGAGUUCCCCACUCUCACAGCCAUGGGCUGCCUAGCCUCCACAGUCCUGGGCUCUCUCCAGAAGGUACCCCUGCACUUUUCAGAGCCCUCCAUUUUUCUGUAUGGACUGGAGUGCUUUGAGGGGAAGGAGAUCGAGCUGGACAGGGAGGUGCGCAGCCUGCAAGCCGAGGGCUUCAACAACCACGUGCUGUCCGUGCGGAUCAGGGGGGGCGUCUGGGUGCUGUGUGAGCACAGUGACUUCCGGGGCCGCCAGUGGCUGGCGGGCAGCUGCGAAAUCACCAGCUGGCUGACAUACAGCGGAACGCAGAGGGUGGGUUCCCUCUACCCCAUCAAGCAGCGCCGGGUUUAUUUCCGCCUCUGGAAUGCCGCACUGAGGGGAUUCCUGGCGGUGCCAGACCACGUGGAGGACAUGAAGGCAGGCCGUGUGGUGGUCUCCGAGCCCCAAGCGGGAGGCAGCUCCGUCUGGUACUACGAGCGUGGGCUGCUGAAGAACCAGGUGGCCCCUACCAUGAGCCUGCAGGUGAUCGGGCCCCCCAGCACAGGCUCCAAGGCGGUGCUGUGGGCUGAGAGCCGCCUGCCCCGCCAGACGUGGAGCAUCAGUGAAUCGGGCCACAUCUGCAGCCAGAUGUUUGAAGGCCGGAUCCUAGAUGUGAAAGGCGGCCGGGGCUAUGACCAGGACCAUGCGGUGCUGUGGGAGCUGGCCAAGGACCGGGCGUCCCAGAUCUGGACCAUCCAUGUGCUCUGACCGCCCCGUUCCCCAGCCCUGGAGGCUUUCCCUGGGAUGGAAUGUUUUUAUAGGUUUUUUGUUGUUGUUGUAACAUAAAGCUGUUUUCUAAUAUGC